CUGAUCUCAAAAAGUCUUUUUUAGGCCACAGGGAGAGAGUGUUAAGAAAUCGUGAUCCAGACAUGAAGUAACUAUCUGGCGGGAAAGCCGAUUGAUGGAAAUGUACAAGACUGUGUGAGAGAUGUCGCAGAAAACGCAACGAAGCAUUGUAUCAUUCUUCACAGCUGUGAAAUCUAAACCCAAAGACAAGGAGGACAACAAACCAUCCCAAAAUGGAUCCACAAGCUCUUCAAAUAGUGGCGAAGAAGGGACCAGAGAUUCACCAAUUAAGAGAGGAAAAAAGAUAAAAAGAAGGAUAGAAGAAAGUAGUGAUGAAGAAGAAAACCAAAUUGAAUCUGAAGAAAGUGCAAAACCCAAAGAAAAUGGAAAUAAAGAGAGUUCUGAAAGUGGCACAAACAUAGACAGACCAAAGACUCCACCAAAACGAAUAACAGCAAAAAGAACUAAGAGGCACAAGAAAGAUCCAACUGAGCAGAGAACAUCUGGAGAGGCAAAAGAAAUACUUAAGGGUUCUGGAGAGAACAAUGCUAGUAAAAGUUCCUACAAUGAAAUAGAUAUGAAAGAUGUAGGUGACAUUAAAAAGGAAGAUGUCGACACUGACAACCUGGCCAACAAUGGGGAAAAACAAGAAAAAUCCAAGAGUGAAAUUUCUGUGCAAAAAACAGACAAAGGUGAAUCUCCUGAAAAGAAAAAGAGUGAAGCUAAAUCUACAACGAAGUCUGGUUUUUUCUUUCAAGCCAAAAAGACAACAGAUUCAAAAGCAGAAAGUAAAUUGGAUCCGGCGAUUUAUUCUCCAAAUAAAGCAAAUUACGACCCAAUCAAAGAUGCUUGCUGGGCCCAAGGGCAGCCUGUUCCCUAUGGAGCCUUAUCGCGCACAUUUCAGAUUAUCGAAGAUACUUCAGCAAGAUUGAAGAUCACCUCAACAUUAUGCAACUUCUUUCGAUCAGUCAUCAUCUUAACUCCAGACGAUCUCUUACCGUCCGUUUAUUUGUGUUUGAACAAGGUUGCGCCAGCCUAUGAGGGUAUUGAGCUCGGGAUUGGUGAAACAAUUCUAAUGAAAGCUGUGGCGUCAUCAACAGGCAAGAGUUUGCAGCAGAUGAAAGCAAUGGCUGCAGAGAAAGGUGAUUUGGGAAUCGUUGCGGAGCAAUGUCGCACAAACCAAAGAAUGAUGUUUGCACCUCCAAAGUUAUCAAUUCAGUCAGUGUUCUCGAAGUUGAAAGAGAUUGCACAGAUGACAGGGAGUUCGUCGAUGGGCAAAAAGCAGGACAAAAUUCAGUCAAUGUUUGUUGCUUGCAAAAAUUCAGAAGCAAGAUAUUUGAUAAGGUCUCUUGGUGGCAAGCUGAGGAUCGGCCUAGCCGAGCAAUCUGUCUUGGCUGCUUUGGGACAUGCAAUGGCUCUUACAGACGAAGCUCGUGGCCAUAAAAAAUCCAGUGACGCCAUUAAGGAUGCGAAGGAUGCAGCGGCAUUGGCAAUCAAAACUGCCUAUUGCGAGCUUCCUACUUAUGAUAUAUUGAUUCCGACACUGCUCAAGCAAGGCUGGCAAGACAUCUCAAAAUACUGUCACAUUACGCCAGGUAUCCCGUUGAAACCGAUGCUUGCUCAUCCAUCAAAAGGCAUCUCUGAUGUAUUCAAAAGAUUUGAUACCGCUGCCUUCUGCUGCGAAUUCAAGUAUGAUGGGGAAAGAGCCCAGAUUCACAUGCACGAGAAUGGAGACGUAAAUAUCUACAGCAGAAACCAAGAAAACAAUACAAGCAAAUACCCAGACAUCAUUGCUCGUAUUUCGAAGGUUACAAAAGAAAACGUCAAGUCAUGUAUCAUUGAUACAGAGUCAGUGGCAUGGGACAAAGACAAGAAACAAAUUUUGCCUUUCCAAGUCCUUAGCACGAGAAAAAGGAAGGAUGCUGAUGCCUCGGAAAUCAAAGUACAAGUCUGUGUUUACGCCUUCGACCUGCUGUACCUAAACGGAGAGCCACUUGUCAGGCAGUCAUUCCGAAAGAGAAGGGAGCUGCUGCAGGAAUCUUUCAACGAAAUCGAAGGAGAGUUUAUGUUCGCCAAGUCAAUGGUUUCUUCAGAUGCUGAUGACAUCACAGAGUUUUUAGACGAAUCGAUAAAAAGUAACUGUGAAGGCCUGAUGGUAAAAACUCUUGAUGCUGACGCAACUUAUGAAAUCGCAAAAAGGUCGCACAACUGGCUCAAGUUGAAGAAAGAUUACCUGGAAGGAGUUGGCGAUACUCUUGAUCUUAUUGUGAUCGGAGCCUACCAUGGAGCAGGGAAACGAACAGGAAAAUAUGGAGGGUUCCUAUUAGCCUGUUACGACGAAGAAAACGAGGAAUUUCAAUCUAUUUGCAAGAUGGGCACUGGGUUCAGUGAUGAGGACCUUGCAAAGCAUCACGAGUUCUUUCAAAGUCACGUGAUUGAUAAGCCUCGUCCUUAUUAUCGCUAUGGUGAUUCUGUAACACCAGAUCAUUGGUUCGAGGCUGUUCAGGUUUGGGAGGUCAGAGCUGCAGAUUUGUCUGUGUCUCCAACUCACAAAGCUGCGAUUUCAAUCGUUGAUCCUGAGAGAGGAAUCUCGCUCAGGUUUCCAAGAUUUUUAAGAAUACGCGAUGACAAGAAACCGGAAGAGGGUACUUCUGCUCAGCAGGUUGCUGAAAUGUAUAGAAAUCAAGAAACUGUAAAGAAUAAUUCUGAAGCAGGAGCAGCUGCAACAACAGCGGAAGAAGAUUUCUACUAGUUGCGAAAAUGAGAUCGUCACGUGACAUAAUGGUAGAGCACCGUGGUUGAUGAACUUUGUAAAUAGAAAUACAAGAAAACUUUAUCGUGAGCGUAUAUGGUGAAGCCUAGCGGUUCUUGAAGGAGUUGGAAACGAUAUGAAGACAUGUAAUUUGUUUAGAUUUAUCUUCUUUAACAAAGGAGGGGUUAUACCAAAUACCUUUGAUUUGUAGGUCCUGUAGCGUACGCACAUGAGAAUGUAACGAGUAGGCUCUCACGGAAAUGAAGUACAUUCUGCUUCCAUAACUUAGCCUUCAAUUACUUGAAUCUACUGUCUUUUUUUAUCAAAAGUUGCAACACUGUAGGCAUCUCGAUGGACCUUUGUUUAUCUUAUACCCUGCUCAUGUCGCUGUGCGGUUUUGAGAGUUAUAAGAUUUUGUUUCAAUGUUAUUGAUAAAUGUUUCAACGAAAGACGUAGAAAACCGCGUAGAACAUUGUGUGCGUCAUCACUUAGCAUUGGCUAAACACCCACACAUUUGAAUCCGAUGAUGUUUUUCAUCUGUUGAGGCUAGAGUUCCUGAACGUACUGAAGAUGCUAAAAGCCCCUAGAAGAAGGUUGUCAAAGUAAAUGAGCCUUUCGAACUUCUGAAAGCAUAUUUUUUUUAGAGAAUUCAAUUUUAAAGCAGAAUAAAGCAAUUAAUGUUAUGUUAAUUUAUGCACUUUCAUUUGAUUUUAAAUCAAGGCUACAUAACCUGUACCCUGGGUACCAGAGCCUCAUAGAGCCAGGGAUACAGUCUUGUAGACAGCUGCGGUGGUAAAGAAUGAGUGGAUGCGUAGGAGGGGAAGGAAAUCACCCCACCUUCCAGCCUGUGAGCUGAAAGGUGAGGUUCAACCCUUGCGCCAAAAAAAUUUUUUUUGACUUUUUUCUAACUAUAUUUCUGAGACUUAAAAAUGGCGACUCUGGUACACAGGGUACAUAACCUGUUUUUUUUCUUUCUAUAAUUUCUUUUUCAAAGUAACAAUAAUCUUAUUCCGAAGUUACUCUACAGAAUAUUGUCUCUACCAGAGAUAGAAAAACGACAUAAACUUACAAACCUGGUUUGGAGGAAGGUUUCUUUGCAAAAAUGAGGAAGAUUUUAUGAACAUAAACUUUAUAGUUUUGUUCUUUCAAGAAUGAGAAUCAAGUCGCGUAUAAAUACCUGGAAACAUUUAAAAUCAUCCUUCAAAUUAAUGAAAGUAACAACCAGGAUAUGUGUUUUAUCGAUAUGUGUUAAAAAAUUGAUUCUUUAAAAACUGUCGUUAGAAGUGCUGCAAAAAUUUUUUUGCUCAAAGGUCUGAGGUAACUAGUCAAUUUUCAGCAAUAGCUCAUGGUUCAGAUUCAAAUGAUAAAACAGGCAAUCAAGAUAUAAGAGCAGAGGAUUGGAAAGUAAGUUCAAUGAUUAUAGAUCAAUGUAUGAACAGUAGAUGAACGCCCAUAUUUCCUGUUUGUGAUGAUUCAAGAAUUUCUUUGCCAGUUUUCGCUUGAUCCGUGCUCGUUCUCCUUUGCUCACCAGAUUUGUUGAAAUCGUGCGCAACUUCAGAAAUACCAACUGACAUCAACGAUCGUAUGGUGAAAGUAGCCGGAUUUCAUGACUUAUAAAGCAUCACGUUUACGAAGAAUGACAGGCACCGCGGAGCGUUGAGAAAAGGGGGGGGGUCUAAAAAAAGUGGGGGGAGGCUAAAACCGUAUAAAAAGAGGCUUUACUGGUAGUUUAUUACUAAAUUUUUGGUAUUUUUUGCUAAAGCCCCCCAGCUCCCCUGCUCCGCGGUGCCUGAAUGAGUACACUUUGUUUUAGGUCGUGGGGAACGCAUACAACCAUAUAUAAAGAGAUGCUUUUUCCGUGCCUUUUUUGCUAUGCCAGGCAUGCUCACCGCAUCUCUUAUAUUUUUGUAUAUCUCUAUCUAGAUAUCUGUCACCGAUGCGCUUAAGGUGUUCGUAUCAGCAACAAGCUCAAAUCUAACAACCUACAACCACAUUACAAGACUACCGGUAUUCUUCGUAAACAGCGACAAGCUACCUUUCUUCAAGAUUGGAAUCAAUUUAAUUAAUAAAAUCAGCAAAAACAUUUUCACUGACUUAAUUAAAAAGUUAUAUGACAGAAUUUUGACCUUCGUUGUAGCACUUUGUAGUUCUAACAAUGCUGUCUUAUCUCCCAUUUGCCUUGAGGCUGUCACCACUGCUAUUUUGAUUAGUGCAUUUUGGCAUACUCAAGUCUAAACCUAACGAUUAUCUAAAACUAAAAAUAACGAUUAUUUUUAUCAUGUAUAAAACACAAAUGUAAAGCAUCAAUAGCUACACCCUGAUAACCAGAUAAUUUUUGUUCUUUCUUACGCAUAAUGAGCCUCUGGUAUUCUAAAUUUU